AUGCGGAGCGCGGAGCGGCGGAGCGCGGCGUGCGGGACCGCGGUGCCGCUCGGCACGACCCCCCACCGCGCGGGAGCAGCGCUUCCCGCGGAGGCGGCGAGGUUGGAGACGGUGUUCCCGGGGCUCCGGAGGAAAGGCAGGAGCCGCUCCGAGCUGUUCCUGGCGGGAUGCGAGCCGGGCCCUGCAGAGCGGCGCUCCUGCCUCUCGCUCCAAGGCAGAGCUGUCAGCGUUCACCCCGUGCUGGAGCUUUUCAAAGCAGGAGCUUCUCACGAUUUGGCGCCCGCGCUGGCGCACGGGCUGGCGCUGGCGCUCUGCGUGGCCGUGCUGGGCGGCAUCAGCGGAGGCCACUUCAACCCCGCCGUGUCCCUGGGCGCCUGGCUCGUCGGCGGCCUCAGCCUGCCCAUGCUGCUGCCCUACUGCGUGUCCCAGCUCUGCGGCGGCGUCAUCGGAGCCGCCCUGGCCAAGGUAGGAGCUGCGGCGCGACGGGGCUGCGCCGGGCGGGGGGCUGCAGGCGGCGCCGUGUCCGGAGCCUGCAUGAAUCCAGCCAGAGCCUUUGGGCCGGCGCUCGUGGCCAAUCACUGGGACUAUCACUGGGUUUACUGGGUCGGACCCGUGCUGGGCAGCCUCCUUCGCCACGCUCUCUCUUUCAGCGGCGCCGUGUCCGGAGCCUGCAUGAAUCCAGCCAGAGCCUUUGGGCCGGCGCUCGUGGCCAAUCACUGGGACUAUCACUGGGUUUACUGGGUCGGACCCGUGCUGGGCAGCCUCCUUGUCAGCGCCCUGGUCAGGCUCCUGCUGGGUGACCAGAAAACCCGCCUGCUGCUGCGGUGA